GUUAAAUUACAGCUGCAAGACCUGGCUGUAAGUCCGGAUAUUCGAGAUCCAUCUUUGAACACAGCUCAAUGUGUUAUACAGGGUCAUAACACUGCAUUCAGUGACACCAAAGGACAUAGUGUUAAAAUGUUAUGUGUAUGUAAUCUUUUUGUAAUGAGCGCUGGCCUUAUUGUCAGUUCGGCGAUAAUCGACAUGAACAAAUUUUACAGAUUAAGGUGCAGGAAGAUUAAAAACUCAGGAAGUGCCAUGUGUUUUUCGAGUCACUGCCUGUCAGUACUGGGCGAAGUAUAUAUUCUUGUUGCUUUUGUAUUUUGUUUGUACGUUCGUUUAUCUGGUUCACUUUUUUUUUAUAUUUCUUCUUUGUUCAUAUUUAUGUGGAUCUGUCUAACAUGCUUUUUGUAUAUGCAAAUUUACAACGUAUCAUUACCCCGUCAUACGGGUAUACAAGACCUAUUAAUGAUGCACUAUGUAUUUGGAGGAAAUACGAUAUGCUAUUUAAGUUGCUGGCUUGUAAUUGGGAUAAGAAUCAAUCCGUCAUGGGGUUUAACUGUUGCUCUCUUUAUCAUCUCUAUUUUCGCUGCAUUUACUUACGCAGUGUACCUUUACCUGGAGGUAAUUUACCCAAACGGUUAUAACAUGAGAGAGCGAGAAAAUACAAGACUAGACUUUUUAAGGGGAACUUAUAUAUUGCCUGAGGAUGACAACAGUCAAAACAAUUAUGAUCUCCAAAACCGAGCUAUUGCGAUUCUUAAGUCCCUUACUUUUUCGGUACGCUCAAACCUAAACGGAGUUAUUGACCAUUUUACUCUAUUGGAACGCAUCAGAGGCAUCAAGGUUAUAUUUGUUUGUAUUCUUGGAUGUAUAGCUGUGGUGUCCUUUUUUCUCAUAGUAAUUCUAGCAGGGCCGUCAAUAGCUGUACAGACUAGAGCUGCAGACGAACUCCUUAAAACCUCCUCUUUGUAUUUUAUUACUGCAUUUAUAACGUGGGCUACUUUGAAGAAGCGCGCUUCUAUCGAU